AUGAAGUUCCUUGUCACCACAAUUCUAGUCCUACUACUAGUCAAUUCUGAGAUGGGCCGUCCGUACACCAUAAUCAUGUCGGACUCCGGUGGCCCACCUUCAAGCCUCGUUAAUGGGCCCGAGUCUCGGACUGACCCGAGAGAGCAAGAGGCGGUUUAUGAUAUCAUGAGAGCCACCGGAAACGACUGGGCCACCGACAUUCCCGACGUGUGUCGUGGCCGGUGGCACGGGAUUGAAUGCAUGCCCGAUAAAGACGAUGUCUUUCAUGUGGUUUCACUUUCUUUCGGAGCUUUGUCAGCCGACACCGCCUUCCCGACCUGCGACCCGACCCGUUCGUCCAUUUCGCCUUCCCUCACUAAGCUCACUCACUUGCGGACACUAUUCUAUUACCGUUGUUUUAGUGAUAACCCUCAGCCCAUACCGUCCUUUUUGGGCCAGUUGGGCUCGUCGUUGCAAACUUUAGUUAUGAGGGAAAACGGGCACAUUGGGCCCAUUCCUCACGAAUUAGGCAACUUGACCCGUCUUACUGUAUUGGAUCUUCAUAGAAACAAUCUCAACGGUUCGAUUCCGGCUUCUUUAGGCCGGAUAACCGGUCUAACGUCGUUGGAUUUGAGCCGUAAUAGAUUGAGCGGUCCGAUUCCAGACAUAACUUUCCCGUCAUUAAGUGUCCUCGACUUCAAUCAAAAUCAUCUCAACGGUCCACUGCCUAUACCUCUUUUAAGCACCAAAUCUCUCAUCAAAAUAGAUUUAAGUCGAAACCAACUCUCGGGACCCAUUCCAAACAACAUAGGUACGGAGUAUCUUAUUCUCUUAGAUGUGAGCUACAAUACUCUAACGGCCCCACUCCCGACAUCUCUCAAGAAUUUAAAAUCCCUUCAAGCGCUCCUUCUCAACGGCAAUCCGUCUGUAUCCGCCACAAUUCCGGAGAACAUGUUUGAAGGGCUAAAUAAUCUAAUGAUGUUGGGAUUAUCCGGCAUGAAGUUGGAAGGGAGCAUUCCAGAAUCGUUAGGCCGUUUGACGAUGCUGCGCGUGCUGCAUUUGGAUAACAACCAGUUGAAUGGGAGCAUACCACCAAGUUUUGCCGAUUUGAAUGGCCUGAGUGAGCUGAGAUUGAACAAUAACAAAUUGAUAGGGCCAAUUCCAUUUCAAAGAGACAGGGUGUGGAAAAUGGGAAUGAAGCUGAGGCUUGACAACAAUUUGGGACUGUGCUAUGGUUACAAAAGUGGGCUUGGAGAUGAUUUGGACACGUUGUCCCGGGCUGGAAUCGGGCUUUGUGAUGAUGCAGCCAAAAAUGGGCCACCGGUGUCGGUUCAGCAUAUUUCUAAAGAAAAUGACGGAGAGGCUUUGAAAUCAAGCAGAAAAACAUCAAGUGCCAGAAAGAUCAUUGUUUCCAGAGGAAUGCUUGGGCUGUGUGCCCUUCUUCUGAUCGUUUCGUGUUUAUUUUGA